AUGAUACGGGACGGCGGCACGAGUCCCCGAAAAGCACCCGAGAUCGACGCUGCUGAUUGGUGCAAAUUUGUUGAAAGUCGACUAACUCCUGAAUUUCUGGAAUUGAGUAAGGUGCAACGUGAACGUUCCUCAAAAAUUCAAUCCAGACAUCGAAGUGGUCGGAGUGGAAUGGUGAACGUACGGGAAGUUGUGAAAAAGGACCUCGAAGUUGCAGAUCCCCCCCGCCACCGUGUUUGGAUUAAAUCUCGCACCAAGAGUAGAAAACUUGUCACUGAUUACGACAAGGAAAUUGCAGAGAAGAUAGCUCAAUUAGAAGAGAAGCUUAGUCAGGGACAAAUUCAGGUCCAGGGCCAAAACGAUAUCCUGACGCAGGCGCUCGGGACACCAGAGCAUCCUGGACGUGUCAGGGCUGCUGGGUAUGCUAUUACUUCAAAUGUUAUUUAUUUAGUUACACAAAUAAAAUCGUUGCUAAUUUGCUUUUUAUGAUUUGUAGGUUCCUGACCAGGGCAUC